CGGCAGCCUUGUUAGUCUAGGGGGCUCCCCUCAACCCCCGCUUCCCGUCCCGGGGAUCCGCGGCCGGCAGGACCAUGCUGCUGAAGGAGUACAGGAUCUGCAUGCCGCUCACCGUGGACGAGUACAAAAUCGGACAACUGUACAUGAUCAGCAAGCACAGCCACGAACAGAGUGACCGAGGAGAAGGGGUGGAGGUCGUCCAGAAUGAGCCCUUCGAGGACCCUCACCACGGCAACGGGCAGUUCACCGAGAAGCGAGUGUAUCUCAACAGCAAACUGCCUAGUUGGGCUAGAGCUGUCGUUCCCAAAAUAUUUUACGUCACAGAGAAGGCUUGGAACUAUUAUCCCUACACGAUUACAGAAUACACAUGUUCCUUUCUGCCGAAAUUCUCCAUUCAUAUAGAAACCAAGUAUGAGGACAACAAAGGAAGCAACGACAGCAUUUUCGACAAUGAAGCCAAAGACCUAGAGAGAGAAGUUUGCUUUAUUGAUAUUGCCUGCGAUGAAAUUCCAGAACGUUACUACAAAGAAUCUGAGGAUCCUAAACACUUCAAGUCAGAGAAGACAGGGCGGGGGCAGUUAAGAGAAGGCUGGAGAGACAGCCAUCAGCCCAUCAUGUGUUCCUAUAAGCUGGUGACUGUGAAGUUCGAGGUCUGGGGGCUUCAGACCAGAGUGGAACAAUUUGUACACAAGGUGGUCCGAGACAUUCUGCUGAUUGGACAUAGACAGGCUUUUGCAUGGGUUGAUGAGUGGUAUGACAUGACAAUGGAUGAAGUCCGAGAAUUUGAACGAGCCACUCAGGAAGCCACCAACAAGAAAAUUGGCGUUUUCCCACCUGCAAUUUCUAUCUCGAGCAUCCCCCUGCUGCCUUCUUCUGUCCGCAGCGCCCCUGCUAGUGCUCCGUCCACACCUCUCUCCACAGACGCGCCAGAAUUUCUCUCAGUUCCCAGAGAUCGACCCAGGAAAAAAUCUGCCCCGGAAACUCUCACACUUCCAGACCUUGAGAAAAAAGCCACCCUGAAUUUACCUGGCGUCCACUCCUCAGAUAAGCCAUGUCGACCCAAGUCAGAAUAACUUCAUGUGAAUAUUUCAAAGGGUUUUAUAUUUUCAUUUUGGGGUUAUUAUUUUUUUUUAAUCUUCUGAUAUAGAAAGAGACUGCUUUGUCACUCAAACAUGUCUGAGUGUGCAUGUGGUUAAUUUCACAUAUAAUAUGAUUCCCUAGGUAUGCCACACAGCAUCGCGUUAGAUGUAAAAUGUACGUCUUGCAAAGGACGGAAGGAAUCUUCUGUGGCCGCAUCUGGAAGCCAGGGAGGAAGCCUUGUUAUUGGGCAUUUGGUGAGGUUGUAUGGACUUCAAGGGUAAAUAAAUGAAAACUUUGCACCUCUGUGUUCCAAAGUGUGGUAAAAUAGUGAAGUCAAUUUCCUCCCAUCAAACCUGAAAUUCUCAAAAAUACUCUCAGGCAUACCACACCUAACUGUUAAAUUUUGAACUGCUCAUCACCAAUACUUGAAUACUGGGAGUUGCUGAGGUUCCUAUUUUGGUUAGUCUGACUCAGGAUCUGGGGCCUAACACACACUUUAAAUUUUUUGAAAAUUUUAAUUAUCAACCUAUAGAGGCUCCAAGUGCAAUUAAGGAUAACUUAUUUAUACCUUUCACAGAAUUUAAUAAAGAUUCCACUUGUUUCUGUCUUUUAAUGACUUUCCCCUUUGUGCCCUUGUGGCCUCAGAAAUCUUCAGAAUUGCAUGGAUGAAUGUGACCAUAACUGACUGAUUUUGGAAUGGUUUGGUUCAGGAGCCAAGAGGCCCUGUGAGGCAAACAUCUGUUUUCUCUACAGGUAUCAACAAACGUUGACUUGUCAGCUUCCAUCAUCCAUUAGGAUUUCAGAAUUUGCAAUUAAUUGAGUAGAAUUCAUUGACUAUUUGCCCAUUCAAAGAAGUUCAAGGGUAGAGUGAGCUAACUGGACUUUCACACCUUCGGAAUGUCUGGUUCCGGAACCCGAAAAGAGAAUUGUCUCCCAUCCUCCUGGGUUUACUGUUAAUAACAUCCAGACUUCCCUGGAACGGACUGCCCAUCACCAGACCUUAGAAAAGACUGUCCUUCUCUUGCUCCUUACUUGAAAUCCAAAUGUUGGGAAUGUCACAGAAGCCGAGUAAAUCCUGCCAAGUGGGAGGAAAGGAGGAGCAGAAUUGCUGACUCGUAUUUGCAGAGUAAAAAGGAGGAGAGAGAAAAGAUGCCCCUCUAGCUUUCUUUACUGCAAGUAGUGGUAAUGCAAGAUUAGAAUCAAGGUUGACGGGAGGCAAGACCAUUCACCAAAGUGGCAGAAAGAGAACUCUCCUUUGAUCUAAAGAGAAAAGCCUGCCACCUUCGCACCUCACUGCCUUUAAACGCAGAAGGAAGGGCAAGCAGAAUCUAGCGUUUCCUUUUGUCCUCCAAGAGAGGAAGAGAACAAGGUAAUUGGGCAACUCCAAGGCCCCAGCUAGCCUUCCUGACCGUAACCUCCAACCUCAGGAAAGGGACCUUCCCAAAACACAGAUUCCAAAGGAAACAACAUAGACCAAGGAGCAUAUUCUCCUUCUCUUACGCGGCCUUUGCCGGUGGACCCUGCCUGCUUCUCUCUGUGUUCAGCACUCUGCAUAGUGUCUUUCGAGUUGCUAAACUCUCCCAAGGUGCAGGCGCUGGUGCCGUGAGCCCGGCACCAAGUGUUCUAAGUCAUACGUCAGACUGUCAAGAUCAUUUCUUUAUCUAUAGGUUGGCAUUUAGCUUUAGAAAUUAGUAAGUAAACCCAGAACUCAAAGGAAACCAGUUGCAAAUAGCUUAGCUCAACAGUGCAUCUCUUCCCUAGGAAUGAUCACAUUGUGGUAAGACAUCUUCUUUGCAUGGUAUGGUAGCAUGAUUGUCGCUUGUGGGAAAACUUAAUCUUUCAUCAGACCCCUUGGACUUCUCAAUGGCUCCCUCUCCACACAGUAGUACUUAGAGAGAAUGUUUGGCUUCAGAAAGCAAAAUUCUACUUCCAGAAGACACUGACAUAUUUAUGUAUGUAUUUCCUUACCAUUUACAAGCUGAAAUCAGGAUGGGGUGGGAUCAUUAUUUCUGCCUGGAACAGAUUUAUUUUGUGCAGGUUGUUAACACAUCUGGCACCUAGUUUUUCCAUUAAUACUAUUGCUAUUUUCCCCUUUUGUAAAGUAGCUUCUGCUGUCAAGGUCGGCAAUUCUGUAUGCUUUGGAAACCUAACUUCUGAUUUCCUUCUUUGACUUUUCUUUCUUCUUAUAGCCAGUACAAUACCACAGACAUCCAUUGCGAAGCUGCCGAUCAUAGCAUGAUUCUUAGCCAACAAAACUGUGUGCUCUUAACAUAUGUUCAGUUUUUCUGUCUACGUGUGGUUUGUGUGCAUUUAAAAAAAAAAGGGAGGGGGUGCUUAUAUUCCUUUAGCUGUUUGACUAUUUAAUCUAGUCAUCACAAGGCAUAAAUGACUUCAAUAUUUUAUCUAUCUUGAUUUUCAAGUGUCAUUUCAUUCUUCAUACAUGAAUUUCUUUAUUGUGGGAUACAAGCCUGCGAUGAAUGUGUAUAGAAAACAUUAAUCAUUCCUAUUAGGAUGGAAAUUAAAUGGCUGCAUGAUGGAAACUUAGAAGAAAAAAAAACAAAAGCAGAUACUUGAAUUCAUUAAGCAUGUUUGGGGAAAAAUAGAAUCUUUAACUCAGUGCCUCUGUCUGCAAUGUGGAAACUUUCAACUAUGUUCACCAAAAUUGUAUUAUAGCUGUAUAUAUAUAAAUAUAGUACUAGAGUGAAUCAGACACCACCAGGUUAAGUCUCUGGUAGCCAAAUUAGAAUAAAUGAUCCACAGAGUAACACAUAUGUUUGCACCAUCUUCAUCUCCAGGGUUACUGGAGACCAUCAAAAUGACUGUCAGUUUCAUGACUUUGGGGGGCUUUCAGAUCCCCUGGGCUUUUCUUUGGCAGUAGUACAGCAUUGUUGCUUUGGCUGUGCUUUCCCAGGAUAAGAGGGUCUCAGUGUCUUUACCGCAUAAACUUUGUCAGAAGCCAGCUCUGAAGAUCAUUUCUUUUUCCUACUUUUGGACUGUAAUAAGACAAAUCAAAGGAAAAGCAUGACAACAAAGGAGGUCGUGACAUUUUUCAGUUGCCACUGUUACAAUGGAAACAAUGUGAGUUCAUUGAUGAACUAAUUUAUAAACCCUUCUGCUAUGGUUUUGUAUCUGUGUGAGGGGAAAAUGGUUUUAACUUAUUUGGAGGUAUUUAUUAGCCAUGUUUUAGGUUGUGAAAAUAAAUCUCUUAAGUAGCACAGUUCUGGGUGUAUAAUGCAGACAAUUAGAAAACACAAGACUCCCAAAAGUAAUUGUGUGGUUUUCUUUCAAGACGCUGAGAUAAACAGUGACGUAAGAGAUUAGAAUCUGACACUUCUCAAAAAAUCAUUUUUCUGGGAAGAUUUCAAGGCUAAUGUAUUUAUGCAUAUUUUUGAAUUCUACUUUCCUUGGCAUCUCUUCAUGGCUCAGAGACAACAAGGUCACUGGCUGUCUUAGAUCAAUAGGAAUUUUACUUUUCAGAAGGGCCAGAGUGUAAUUUACUCUCUAUAUAAUGUGUACUCAGAUAAUCCAACAGAGAGGAAUUGUCUAAAUCAUUUUAGUCCCUUCCUGAUCAUCUGACUCAAUAGGCUAGGUGACAGUCUGCCAUCUGAGCCAUAGUUCUUGAAAUUAAAAAAAAAAAAAUCUGUCCAGUGACUGCAAUUGAUCUUAAAUAGACUAUUUAAAACUGUUCGUUCUUGCUGAAAUUGAAGUGUUACACGAGAGCACAGCAUUGGCAUGCAGAGGCAAAACAGCAGGUUCUGUGUUCUACUGACUGUACAAUCUGUUUGCUUUUGAAAUGUAAGUGUUCGAGCUUUUUAGGAGUUAGUGCAUUAAGAGAAUGUGAAUAUGUUGAGAACGUUUCUGAUGCCGUUAUUAACUGUAAUUCUGUUGUUAAGUUAAAAAUGCUUUAGGAUAAGCCUCAAUGUUUUUGCUUUAAAGUGAAAGCAUGUCUGAUGAAUUGCAAGUCUCCCGUCAGUUUCUAUGUAUCACCAAGAAGAGGUUCUUUGAGUUGGCGUUAUACCUAUGCCUCUUAUAUGUAGCUUCAACUGUAAUUUUUAGUGUUUACAUUUCAGGUUGGGAUCUUGGUUGGUCAAAUUAGUCAGUAUACCACUGCCACUGCUGAAGGACCAAGUUUUGGAAUGCACAGUGUUACAGACUACAAGCAAAGCAAACAAAAGUUGCUCCUCACACACGCCAUCCUUCUGUGUCAUUUUAUGGCUGUUUUGUGUUUUUUCCGCAGUUAUUUAUUAUUGUUAAUAACUUACUUUUUCUUACAUUCUAUUGUAAAUAAAGUUCAAAGCAAUCUUC